UAAUCAUUUCUAAAACUGUGCAGUUUUCAUUAAGAAAUCGCAUCCAUUUCGAUGAAUGUUUUCGUAGGGCUCAGUCACGCUUUAUCAUGUAAACGCAGCAUUUACCUGCUAGUAAGGAGAAAGUGGAGCAGGUCUGAUCUCCACCAAGCCGAAGCAUGGAGCAAAGAGCCAUAAAGAACCCGUACAGAGACUACGAUGGCGCGCACGGCCUCUUCGACCACCACGGCCGGAUCACUGCAGACUUUGCUGCCCGUGUGAGCAGUAAGAUCAGUGAGCUGCUUUUCCACAUGGAGAAUGGGCUAAAGUCAGCUGAUCCCAGGGACUGCAGUGGAUAUACUGGGUGGACCGGCAUUGCCCUGCUCUACCUGCACCUGCACAAUGUUUUUGGGGAGUCCUCCUUCCUACAGAAGGCUCUGGACUACGUGAGUCGCAGCUUGCAGUGCCUCACAGGGCGCUGGGUGACAUUCCUGUGUGGCGAUGCGGGGCCGUUGGCCGUGGCUGCUGUGGUGUUCCAUAGGCUCCAACGGAGGCAUGAAGCUGAUGAGUGUCUGAGCAGGUUGCUCCAGUAUCACCACUCUGUGAUGAAGGGGCAUGGAAGCCUUCCAGAUGAGCUGCUGUAUGGCAGGGUGGGCUACCUGUACGCCUUGGUAUUUGUCAACCAGCAAUUUGAACAGGAGAAAAUCCCAGUGCAGUACAUCCAGCAGAUCUGUGAAGUUGUCCUGGUUUCUGGGGAAAGCCUGUCCAAGAAGAGCCGGAAUGAGGAACAAAGCCCACUUCUCUAUGAGUGGCACCAGGAGUACUACGUGGGCGUAGCACAUGGCCUGGCAGGCAUCUAUUACUUCCUCAUGCAACCAGGUUUUGGGGUGGGUGAGGACAGACUGCUGAGGCUAGUGAAGCCUAGCGUGGACUACCUGUGCCAUCUCAAGUUCCCAUCGGGAAACUACCCAGCCUGCAUCGGUGAUGCACAUGACUUGCUGGUUCACUGGUGUCACGGGGCACCAGGUGUCAUCUACAUGCUUCUACAGGCCUACAAGGUGUUUGGUGUGGCCCAGUACCUGGUGGAUGCUCUGCAGUGUGGAGAGGUGAUUUGGCAGAGAGGUCUGCUAAAGAAGGGCUACGGUCUGUGCCAUGGGGCAGCUGGAAAUGGCUAUGCCUUCCUCGCCCUCUACAAGCUUACCCACGACCCAAAGCACCUGUAUCGAGCCUGUGUGUUUGCAGAGUGGUGCAUGGACUAUGGUAAACAUUCCUGCCGGACUCCUGACAGACCCUUUUCCCUCUUUGAAGGCAUGGCUGGUACCAUCUACUUCUUAGGUGACCUUCUGCAGCCCAUGAAGUCAAAGUUCCCCGCCUUUGAAAUAUGAAGGCCUUGAGCAAGCACCAUCAGCCAACCCUGGGCAUCGCUAGUGUUUGCUUCUUGACUAUAAAGCACUUAUUUGUAAUGGCCCAGUGUCCACAUUCAUACACCAGGGAGAAGUUGUGUUCCUAUUAAUAAGUAGUGUAUCAAGUGGACACUUCAGCUAAACACCUGUAGAGCAGUGCUCUGCUAAGAGCACGGUCUCCCAACUUAUCUCAUACUUGUGUUGUGCCUGGGACUCUGCAAGCUUUAUUAUGAUUAGGUCUUAUGAUAGACCUGUAUCAUAUACAAUAAUUCACUCUGGCUGAACCCGUGCACCACCUAUUUUCAUAAAUGUCACAGCUUUGAACCCAGGCAAAAUAGAUCUCUGUAUUAGUGUUUGGUGAAUUAAAACUCAUUCUCGUUA